AUGAACAGAAGCAUACUACAGCGGGUAAGAAUCGCUCAACAACCAGAGCGCUGGCUCAACAUCAGGCACCGAAGUCUCUCCACUAAAACGACGGUUCCCCUCGUUAUCAACGGCAAAGAUGUUGAGACACCCAAUGUCCAUUCUCUUAUAAGCCCUUUGACGGGUAAGCCAAUAUGGUCUCUGGCAUGUGCAUCAAGCCAGCAUCUCGAAGAUGCGAUCCAGAGUGCCCAUGCCACUUUCCCAAGGUGGUCUAAGACCAAGGCAUCCGCACGACGCGAUAUCUUUCUUGCUGCGGCCGAUAUUAUGAAUAAGCGACGGUCAGAACUUGGUGAAUACAUGCACCAUGAGAUAGGAGCCAACCAAGGAUAUCAAGAUUUUAUUCUAGGGCUUGCUAUCGAUGGCCUGAAAGACACGGCUGGGCGAAUUGCUGGGGCCGUCCAGGGGUCUACACCAGAGUCAACCUACGAAGGGAUGAAGGCCAUCGUUCAUAAGCGGCCAUACGGAGUGAAUCUUGGGAUUGCACCAUGGAAUGCGCCAUACCAUCUUGGAUUGCGAUCUAUCUCCUUUGCCCUCGCUACUGGAAAUACAGCUAUUCUGAAAGGAGCAGAACUUUCGCCACGGUGCUACUGGGGAAUUGUUGACGUCUUCCGCGAAGCUGGCUUACCAGACGGAGCUCUGAAUCUUAUCUUUCACUCUCCCCAAGAUGCAGGCACCACCAUCAACGCUCUUGUGUCUCAUCCGACAGUAAAGAAGAUCAACUUUACUGGAAGCACUAGGGUUGGCAGUAUCAUCUCUGAAAUUGCUGGUAAACAUCUGAAGCCUGUUCUUAUGGAGCUCGGAGGAAAAGCAAGUGCGAUUGUGCUCGAAGAUGCCGACAUAGAGCAAGCUGCUCUCCAUUGCGCUCGAGGAGCUUUUAUGAAUGCUGGGCAGAUAUGUAUGUCAACCGAACGCAUCUUAGUACAAAGUUCAAUCGCCCCCGAAUUCCAGAACAUCUUGCAUCGGACUAUCCAAGACCUAUUUGGGUCUGCAGAUAAUACCCCAGUCCUCGUGACUGCGGCUUCAGCCCAACGAAACCAGGCCUUAAUAUCAGAUGCAGUCGGCAAGGGUGCAGAGUCAGUGCAAAUCUUCAGCGACACUCACGGAGAUCAGGUAGAGACCAGAAUGCGUCCAGUCGUCCUCAAAAAUAUCGACAAGAACAUGGAUCUCUAUGCCAACGAAUCUUUUGGUCCCAGCGUGUCACUCUUCACUUUUGAAACUUUGAAUGAUGCCAUCACAUUAGCCAAUGACACAGACUACGGCCUGUCAGCUUCCGUCUUCACAGACGACUUAGGCAAGGCAUUCCGUGUUGCUGAUAAAUUGGAAUCUGGAGCUGUUCAUAUCAACUCGAUGACCGUUCACGAUGAGUAUCCCCUUCCUCAUGGCGGAGUAAAGAAUAGCGGGUUUGGACGUUUUAAUGGCUACCAAGGGUUGGAUGAAUUCCUUUACUAUAAGACAGUCACAUGGAUGGAGUAG